AUGCCAAGCUCGCGUCGCAGCUACAGCAUCACAGAAAAGCUGUCCAUUCUGGCUGAAUACGAAGCCAGUGUCGAGGGAAGCGGGUUUCACGCAGUUGGUCUACGCCACGGCGCACGGCUGUAUGAGUGGGUCAUUAGCCGAAACCGAAAAGGCCUGCGGGUGAAGGACUCGUACAUCCGCCUUCAAGCACGCAACAUCCACCGCCAGCUACAUGGUGAAGACGCUGUCGGGUUUGAGGCGUCCUCCGGAUGGCUUGCUCGGUUCAAGGCUCGUCGAAACCUGGUAUCGCGCCGCCAGACCACGUCGCGCUCGUUGCCUGCUGACGCACCGGACGUUUGCCGCCUGUUCAUUCGGAGUGUCCAUCAUCUGAUUGCCAAGCACGGCAUCCAGCCCAAGAACAUCAUUAACAUGGAUCAGGUACCUCGGUACUUCGAGACCGAGCCCAAGACAACGAUAACUACGCGAGGUUCGCGUGAAGUCCUGCUGCGCAAAGGCGGAUCCAGUCACAAGCGGUUCACCGCAACG